AUGAAAGCUGCAGUUGAGAAAGUCAAAGGCAAUUUAUCGACUCAUAGAUUGACUAUAAAAAAUAUAGUUUAAGAAGUUCUAAAGAAAUCUGAUACAGAUUUUGAAGAUGAUGAAGAUCUUAAAGUAAGUUAUAAAUAUUAUUUAAUUUUAUAGAACAUUGUGACUUUACUUUAAAAAGAUCCUAAUUAAAGAACACAAUUAGAUGUAGAUAAAAUUAGAUUGUCAUUCUUUAGAUUCAAGUUUUUUUCAGAAUUAGAAUAGUCAAUGGGAGCUGAAAUGGUAUAAGGAUUAUAUAAAUAAUUGGGUUAUGAAUUGUAGAAAAAAAGACAAAUAAUAUUUAACAUAGGUGAUAUUGGAAAAAAGUUUUAUAUAAUUCUCAAGGGUAGUGUUUGGGUUCUAGUUUAAAAGAAGGGAUUGUAAGAAGGAUCUGGUCCUACAGAGGAAGAUUAAAAAUAAGAAGAGUAAUUAAAAAAUGAAAAAAAUAAGGAAAUGAUGGAGAAUAUGAAAAAAAGCACAAGAAAAAAAACUAAGAAAUCAAAACAUUAAGCAUUUGUAACAUAAGUAACAUUAGAUGACAUUUUUGCUACAAUGACAGAUUAAGAAUAUUUAGAUACUUAAUUUCCAACAUUAACAAAAGUAGGUAUAAUUAAUUCAGGGGAAAGUUUUGGUGAAAUAGCAUUAACUAAAUAAGUGCCUAGAACAGCAACUAUUGUUGCAGCAGAAGAUACUCAUUUUGCUACAGUUACUAGGGAUUAAUUUAAUAAAUUAUUGUCUGUUUUUUAUGAGACAUAAUAAAAAUUGAAUAUUGGAUUUUUAAGUAAAGUAGCCAUAUUUUCUGAUUGGAAUGAAUAGAUGUUAAAUCAAUUAUAUUAUCAUUUCAAAUUGGAAGAAAGAAAGUUAUUUUAAGUGAUUUAUAAGGAAGAUGAAGAUGCAAAGUAAUAUUUCUAUUUUAUAUAUUUUAGUAAUAUAUAUUUACUGAAAUAAGGAGAAAUAGAAUUAUCCCGUUCUGUUGAUGUUACUUAAUAAUCAAUCACUCCAAAUCUUACACUUUAAAAGUUCUUUACUAAAACUGAAAGAAAAAUUGAAAGAGUUCGAACUUCAGUAAUUACUGCAGGUUAAAUCUUUGGACAUGAAGAAGUAAGUUUUAUUAAUUAUCCUUUAGGUUUUAGCUGGAACUAAAAGAUAAUAUAGAGCUAUGAGUAUAAGCUAAAAAGUUGUUUAUUUUGUAUUAGAUAAAUAGAGAUUCUUACAGUAUUUUUAGAGAGGAUAAGCUAUUCAAAAACUAUAAAAGUUUGAUGCCAAGAAACUAAAUUAAAGAACAUAAUCCUUAGAUAUCAUUAAAGAACUUAAAAAAAUACCUUUAUUAAUUGAACAUAGAGAUGUUCCAUUUAUAGAUGCAGCAUAGACUAAGACUAGAAUUAAAAAUUCAGUUGAAAGAAUAGGAAAUCCUGUUGAACAUACAGGAUAUGAAAUGCUAUAAGGACAUGGUCAUAUCAAUAAAGCACAUUAUAAUUUCAGAAGGAAUAUUGACAUUAUUAAAUAAAAUGUUUAGAAUAGUGAACCAUUAUCAUUAGAUAAAGCUCUAUUUCAUAUUGAGGCGAGCAAAGGUUCUUAGAUAAGUAUUAUCAAUAAAGUAAUAAUAAUUUAUAAUUAGGUUUUUCCUGCAGCUGCAAGACCUAAAUAUUCAAUACCAGAAUGCUCUAUUUCAUCUUAAACUAUUAUAAAAUCUUUGAAGUUACCAAGAAUCUUAACAGAGGUUGAUUCAGUUAUGCUUAAUAGAACAAAUAAAGAGUACUUGAAUAGUUUUAAAGCUUCAUCUAUUUACUCAAUAGGAUUGCCUGAUGAAUCAUAAAAAACAAUAAAUUGA